UCGAUAUCUAAAAAUGCCAAAAAGUAUGAUUUGAUUUGGAUUUUUCUGAAACAAUUUGGUUUUGGAAACAAAAACUUUAAAGAAAUAACGAUUACUAAUAAUGGAUUUUGGGCACCAAAAAUACUAUAAAUCUUAAAAACAAAUUUGAUUUCAAUGCGAAAAUUAAUUUGAUAGUGUUCGUUUAUAACCUCAAAUUUGAUAAUGUUGCGAAAAAUUUCAUUGAGGAACGUGGGUAACAUCAGUAGAAUAAGAUUUAUGACAACAGAAGUGUCUGCUCCAAAACCAAAAGAGGAAGUGAAACAAACAUUUAAAGGGCGAUUAAUAAAAUAUUGGACAAAUUUGUACACAGAUUAUACUGAAGUGGCUAAAGAUGUAAUCAAAGAGGCAAGAGAACGACCAUUACGGGCUGUGGGCAUUCUUUGGAGUUUAGGUUUUAUUUACAUAACAGCUUCGAUAAAUCCAGAUGAAAAACAUUAUAUUGAAAAAAUGCGGCAAUACAAUAAUGAUCUUAUCCUGGUGUCAGAGAAAUUGCAAAAUCCAGAAUCAGUAACUCAUUUAAAGUCUAUCGAAAAUAGUAUAAAUAGUGGUGUACUAAGACGAUUGAAUUUGGGAGUGUGUUCCAUAAUGUGGCUUGAUGAUUAUGAUCGCGAUUGUAAAUUAUAUAAAUGUACUUGUAAAUAUUUGCGACCACACUUUAGCACAUUCUAUAAUCGAAUUAUUGAUGUUGGAUUUUGUAACAAAUGGUUCGUUUUAGAUAAAAAAAUGAUAGAUUAUGAUAUAAAUUAUUGA